AUGCAGAUUAAAAUUUUAAAAGUAAUACAAAAAAAUAACGACAGCUGCAGGAUUCGAACCUGCGCGGGCAAAGCCCAAAAGAUUUCUAAUCUUUCUCCUUAA